CGGCCUCCAGCUUCACCUGAGCCAGGUGACAACAGCUGCACCUCAUCCGUCUGCCUUUCCACCCUGCCCGGAGGAUUCAUUGUUGUUUAUUUCAAACCAAGUCCCCAUUCUUGCUUCUGAAGCAGAUCUGGCUUCCUCCAGUCGCAAUGAACAUUGUCCUGUCCAGAAGAUAUCCCCUGGUGAUUAACCUCCUGGUGGUGAGCCUCUCCAUACUUAUCUGGAGAUGGCCAAGUCCGGGUGAUGGAGAACACAGUGAACAAUGCUGAGAAGUACUUUGGCCAGUUCUGCGUACUCUUGGCUGCCUACACCCGGAAGACAGCCGGACUUCGAGACAAAGCAGACCUGCUCGUCAAGCAACUCUUGGAUUUUGCCAAUACCGAGAAUCCUGAAAUGCGCACCACCCUGAAGAACUUCGUGGAGGAGUUGGCCAAGGUACAGGAUUACCGGCAGGCCGAGGUGGAAAGAUUUGAAAUGAAGGUCAUCCAUCCACUGAGACUCUAUGGGAUCCAGAUAAAGCAAACCCGUGCCGAGAUCAAGAAAUUCAACAAGGUCCGAAAUAACGAAAUCAAACAACUAGAAAAACUGGAAAGACUGAGGCAGAAGUCACCUUCUGACCGACACACAAUUUCCCAGGCUGAGACAAAUGUGCAGAAAGCUUCUGUGGAUGCGAGCCGUACCACCCACCAACUUGAAGAGACCAUUGAUAUAUUUCAGAAGCAGAAACUGAAAGACAUCCAGAAAAUUUUCUCCGACUUUGUAACCAUUGAGAUGGUUUUUCAUGCCAAGGCUGUGGAGGUAUAUUCCAAGGCCUUCCAGAUACUGGAAAACUAUGACUUGGAAAGAGAUCUAGAGGAUUUUAGAGCCAAGAUACAUGGUGUUAGUGGGAAUCUUGAUGCAAGACCCAUCAAUGCUACCAACCCCUCUUCAUCUGUACCAUGGUCUUUUGCUAGUCCGAGUGCCCAGAGCACCAUGCAGAACCAGAAACUAGAGGAAGAGACACUAAGUGGUGAGGCCUCUGUGGAAGAGGAUGAAAUAGAGGAUCUCAGGGAAACAAGGACUUCUCGGAUGAGAAGAUAACCAUCCCUUGGCAGUCACCAACACUGAAGUUUGAACGAGCAUUCUGUAUCUUUCCUAACACGGUGUUAAGUUUAUUCUUCAUCCAUAGAACCCUUUGACAUGCUUUAAGCCAGAAGUGUCUAACAUGGGGCCCCAGGCAGCUGGCAGCAUUCCCGAGGGAGCCCUAAACCAGAUCAAAACAUAAUUGGGAAAUAUUUAACAAAUACAAUAGAACAAAGAUGUUGUUAAUAUGUGGUUUUAUAAAUCAAAAUGUAGCCUGCAGGGUGCCUUACAUUUUAGGUACAUUUUAGUGAUCCCUUAUUUCUAUCUGAAUCUGACCCCACUUAUCUAAGCUGUUUAAAUGCAGAGACCAGAGUGGCAAAGCUAAUCCAUAAAAGUAACCUGGGUACUAAGAAUCCCUCCCAUCGUGCGAUGCUGAACUUGGAGAAAAGCUGACUCAUGAAAAAAUUGAAUGGAUAGAUUGGGUUCCCUUGGUGGUAAUCUAGAGUGAUUAUUUCCUAUGGUACAUCAAUAGGACUGUUUUCUUAGCUCCCCUGGAAUUGUAUGGAUUUUCCAGCUGCAUCUUUGGAAAGCAAAUUCUGUGCUUUUUCAUUUGUUUUGUUUUGUGUUUUUUAAUGGUUGCUUGUUUGUUUUUUUUUUAAUCUCUGCAUCUGGCUUCUCUGGUGAUGGAAAUGUGGCUCUCUCCAGACACUCUGAGUUUUGAAAGAAGCUGUGUUACCCUGGGCAAAUCACUUAGUCUCUCUUGGUCUCAGUUUCCUCACUUGUAAA